AUGCUUGCACACAUCUCCUUCUGCCCCGGGCAGCUACUCAGCUGUCGGGCCCCGGGCGAGCCCCGCCCAAAACUGCCUGCAGAAGACCCCAACCACGCCUCGCCGGCUGUGGGUUCUUGCACCGUGCCCCCGGUCCCUCUGGGGGAUGGCGCUGAUCUGCCGGACGCCUAUCUCCAUAUCCCAAUACACGAAAAGUUCCGCAAGUUCCUCCGCUUCGAGUACUGCGGCCAAACCUACCAGUUUCGGGCCCUUCCCUUUGGCCUCUCAACCUCACCAAGGGUCUUUACCAGGAUCGCCAAGACUGUCGCUGCCUACCUACGACGGCACGACAUUGUGAUUUUUCAAUACCUUGAUGACUGGUUGAUCGUCGGUCGCUCCCCCAACGAGGCCCGAGCCUGCACCUUUCUCACCCUCGAUGUCACGACUCACCGGGGGUUCCUCGUCAACCACGAAAAGUUCGCCUUUGACCCAGCACAGCGGCUGACCUACCUUGGGGCGAUCCUCGACCUUCACAGAGGAAUCGUGGCCCCGACACCAGAACGCAUCUUCAACCUACAACAAUGUGUCCUUCAGUAUUUGCGAUCAGAGGCACCUCCGGCGCUAGCCUUGCUCCGUCUUCUUGGACGAAUGGCCAGUUUGGUAGAGUUCACCCCAUGGUGUCGACUGCAGAUGCGGCCACUUCAACUACAUCUCCUGUUUCGGUACCGUCCCAAGAGCGACCCGAUAUCUACCUCAGUCCCUCUCCCAACAGAGGUUCGCAAUCACCUCCGGUGGUGGAUCAUCAACAAGCACCUGCUGAUCGGUCAUCCUUUCACUCUCUCCAGACCGAACAUCCCAAUGGCAACGGACAUGUUGCUAUUCGGAAGGGGGGCCUCCCUCACUCCAUUUUACACAUCCGGGUUUGGGAUGCUUCCUUCCGCAACAAACACAUCAACUUGCUGGAACUUCAGGCAGUAUUCAAUGCCCUUCGCCACUUCCAGCAGCACUUGGCAGGUCUCUCAGUUUGAAUCCAGAGCGACAAUUCCACAGUGGUGGCGUACAUCAACCACCGAGGCGGUACUUGCUCCCCCAAGCUUUGUGUCCUUACAUAGCAGAUCUUCAUGUGGGCAAUUGAUCAUGGAACCUCUCUGCAGGCCGCUCCCGAGGCACUGUCCGUCCGACAGAGUGGACUCUUCAUCCGAGCGUGGUCAGGCAGAUCUUCGCGGAGAUCGAAUGUCCCCAUGUCGAUCUCUUCGCAUCGGCCAACAAUACUCAUCUUUCGACGUUCUGCUCCAGGUUUCCUCACCCAUGAGCCUGGAGGACGGACACUCUACAAGUGUACUGGUCUGCAUUCUGGCGUAUGCCUUUCCCCCGAUCUCCCUCAUCCCAAGAGACCAUCCUAAGAGACAAGAGACCUGCCGAAUUCUCCUCAUUGCCCCAUUCUGGCCUUGCCAGCUGUGGUUCCUGAGACUGUUAAGACUCCUGGUUCGUUGA